UUCUAGGUUAGUUUGUUGCGCAAAAACAAGUAAACAAAUAAUAAUAAACGAAUUAUAAUUAACAACAAAACAAUGAAUGUGUUGUGAUUAAUGACGUAUAAUAAACGAAUAAUAGUACUUACUACUUAUUAAUUGUUACUGCGAUGAGUCAACAAUUGAAGCUAAGUAAUUAUUAUAAAAUAAAAGGUGGUAAAGUUUAUUUGAGCAUGGAUGCUGUUAAAAAAAAGAAACGCAGCUUAAGUCUGAACUCAUCAAAACCAAUAAAGAUAGCAAAAUCAAAUAGGGAAAUAUCGGAAAAUGUUAUAGAUUUAUGCAGUGAUGAUGAAAAUUCGGAUUUUUCAAUGGAAAAAAAGAACAACAAUAGUAAUACUUCAAAACGGGAGUCUAUAACAACAAUUGUAUACUCGCCUACAACUCCUAAAAAAGAACCGCGCCCUGGAUCAACCCCAAAUAGUAAUAAGUUCCGCAGUCCUGGGUCAAACAACAAGUUUUUUUCGCCAACUAAAAACCGUAGAAUAACUUCUCCUCAAAAGGCAAAGAGAAGUUUAAAUAAAGUUUUAAUCCCGAACAAUGAACCAAUGGUUCUUGAUAAAUCCUUUACCGAGGUUUGCGAAGGUUUUGAUGAUAAGACAAUUUUUCUCUUAAAAAUUAUACACAAAUAUCUACAAGAUCACUCACUAAGAUGCCUGUUACCAGAAACCACAGACAACCUUUUAUCUAAAUGUGUGAAUGUUGUGAAACCAGGCAUGCGAUUGAUCUGCAGGCUGUACUGGCGUAGGAGAGGCUGGUAUAGAAGAAAUGAAAUAAAAAAGAUUGCUAGUGACAAUACUAAUAACAUAGAUGACCCUAGUUUGGAAUAUAUGACUAGAUCACUAGUGCAAAUUGGCUUAAUAGAAUCAUGUGUAUGCAGUGAUAACAACAAUAUAAUGAUGUUUGAUGAUUUUGUUGAAUUAUUGAAACUUGAAGAAUUAAAAGAAAUAUGCAAAGAAUUAAAAUUAAAAGUCCAGACCAAAGUAGAUGCAGUUAGGUCUUUGAAAAAUUUCAGCUCUCGCACAUCCAAUAUAAGCAGUUAUUUUAUGGGUCCUAAAAGUAAUAAUGCAAAUAGAGUAUUAAAGAUGUUGGAACUUAAAACUGGAUCAUGCUACAGGUUAACUGAGGCAGCACGUACAACAUUUACUAAACUAUACUGUCUAAUGUACUUGGGAAUAGAUUAUGGUUUGAUAAGAGAAAACAGAUUAGAAUUAUUAUUGAUAAAUGACAAAGCAAAAAGAGAAACCUAUCCAAUUGAUAAAGAUAUGCCCUUAGACAAUGCAAGUGUUAUUUUUAAUACAAGAGAUGAAUUUGAAAGCUACAUCAAUGCAUACACAAUAUAUGAAAACUGGGAGGCAGCAAAAACAUUAAAUGAAAAACUGGAAAUAACUUCAAAAGUUUACGACCUAUACAAAAAAAUUAGUGAAGAAGAGAUGAAACAUUACAAAUCCUUGCCCACAUGGUUGCGAAGGUAUACUUCAGCAUAUGAAUAUAUAAGAAUAUUAGAGAGCAGUAUACAGGAAUUAAAAAGAACAAAAACAGAAAGUCAUAAUAAGCUCGCCCUAGACAUUCUUAGCAUGUUGAUAUCACAGUCUGCAUUUAGACAGCACAAAAAGGCUGAGUGGUAUGCAGAAAAGGCAUUGAUUUUACACAAGCGCAUGAAUUCCUAUAAUGAGGCCGCUGAGAUAUUAAUAGAAGGAUUCAAAUCUGAUAUGUCUGAAGAAACCAAAGAUGCUAUGCGCCCUCGCGCGCUUGUAAUAGCGACACUGAAAACGACAAGUAAUGAAACUGCUCAGCAUCUUAGGGACGAGCUACUACUACAUGCAACCAAAGACCCAAUACCAGAGAAAAAUUUCAAAGCUAAGCACAUUUAUAAGCAACCCAUGGAGAAUUUUUACAACAGAGGCAAAAUCAAAUUUGAAACAUUCACCGCCAUAGGAGAACGGGUAGUGGAGGAAGCGGAGGAGUACUGUAUUACGCAGUACAUUAACAGCGGACAGUACACAAAUGGUGGCCAUUGGGAAGGCAGGAUUAUAACAACAAUUUUCUUUCUUCUUUUCUGGGACAUAAUAUAUAUGAGACUUCCAGGCAUCCGUGGCAUUUUCCUCACGUACUAUCAGAUAUUUCCACUAGACUUGUUUACCGAAAGCUUUUAUGUCAAUAGAAAAACAUUAAUAGACGAGAGAUUGGCAAUGAUACGGAAUUCUCAAAAGGAUAAUCUCUUGAAGAAAAUGCAAGAGACCUGGGACAGCCGACCAGAGUCGGAGCUAUCAGGAAUAAACCGCAAUAUUGGCUGGGACAAUGUCAGUGCUGUUUGCUCUUGUCUAAGUCCGCGCGCAAUAGCAGCUAUUUGUCAACGGCUGGCUCUUGACUAUCGUUAUACCCAUAGUGGCUUUCCUGAUCUCACACUGUGGAACGUACACACCAAGCAGAUUAAAUUCGUCGAGGUGAAAACUGAUUCGGACAAGCCCUCGAUAAAGCAAAGACAAUGGCUUCAUUACUUGCGAGGCUGUGGUGUCGAAGUGGAAUUUUGCUACGUCGGCGUUAACACCAUGCGGUGUAGGGCCAGAGCAGGAGAUAGCGACGACUAAAUACAUACUGCUCUGCAUGGUCAACGUUACCGCAUGGUCGAAAAGACAAGCUUUUUAAAAUGUUCUCUCGACAUCAUUCUCGUUCACAUAAAACAUGUAAUAAAAAAUAAGGACUGUCUCAGAUUGAACUAAAGCAGGGUUUGCAAAGUUAUACGACUAAGGCUCCGUGCCGCAUUGGCCGCGGGUGCGAAUCCCGCACGGAACAAGCAUUUGUAUGGCUUACAAAGAAAUGUUCCGGGUCUGGAUGUUUGUCAUGAAAUGUAUGUAUGUAAACAGCACCCACGAUACAGGAGAAAAUCCAAGAGUAAAGGUAAUGUUUUUAAGAAAAAAAAAAGUAUGCCACCUAUAAAAAUAUUCCCUACCGCAUUAUACUUACUUACAUAAGUAUUGUUUAUUUUUAAAUAGUUAAGUGGCAGGACAAGCAGCUGGCCUACCUGAUAUUAAGCUACACCCAAAAUUUGUCGCAAAUUUUUUGCUCUAUAAUUUUUAUACUAGAUCUUAACAUCAUUGGAGCUACAAAAACCGAGAUAAUCGCUAAAAACUCUUUUUUUAACUUUGACCUUGAUAACUUACGAUGCAGACACCCAAUUUUAUAAAUUUUUGAGACAACUUUUAGGACAGCUAAAUGAAGGUAUAUACGAAAAUACAGCUUAUUAUCUCUCAUUCGAGGCUGAUCGCUAAUUUGACUGAACUAUAAUGCGAGUUCACUACUGGUUGCCAGGCAAAUAUGACUUGAGUAGUACUUUGUAAGUUUAAUUAUAUACAUACUUAGAAUCACGUUUCGUUGGAAAUGUCUAAUCAAGGUUAUUUCGAAUUUUUAUAUAUUACUACUCGCCACGGAUCUUUGUGUCUGUGAAGUUAGCUUCGGAUUGGCGUUGCGUUUAAAAAUAUGAAAUACACAAACUUACUUUUUAAACGAUGUCAUCAAAUCUUUAACUAAUCGAAACAACCUGAAAAAAAAACAAUUCACAAUAAUUUAUUAUGCAAGAAUGACUCGACUGUAAUGAGGUACCUUUUGCGUAAUCAUCACUGGAAAGUGGUCAUUGAAGCAAAAUGAAGAGGAUAUAUAAAUAUUAAAUAUACAUGAGAGCCGUUCCUUAGCGUCGUCGUUGCUAAGUAACAACGGCGUUAAGGCACUUUGCACAUCCUCGGCUUACGUCUGUUAACGGAAGCACAAAGAUCCGUGGAGAAUAGUUUAAUUUAAUUUAAUAUAUAAAUAAAAAUAUUUUUAAACGUUUAUAAACUAAUCUAAAAAUUGAUACUGUUUUUAUGUAAAUAUGAUUUUAAAGAAAUAUAACAUUAACACU